AUGCUGCCUGGAUCAAAGUCCAAACGUGGGUCGGCUCAUGGUAGUGAAGAGCUUCAAGCAACUGCCGGCAAGCCUGUUUUCGAGCCUGGUUCCUAUGUUAUGGCUCUGUGGCGAAAUCAGUACGAAUACCUCGCGGAAGUACUUGCCUUCCGUCAACGUUCCCGUGAACACCCCGAGUAUCGCAUCAAGUUCCUUUGGGAUCGCGUUGUUGAGUGGACACCUGCCUCGUGUAUUCGUCGUGCCACUCAAGCGGAAAUAACAUACGUGCUAAAACUUCUUCGUCACAAUCGCCAAAGCGACCCCCCUAAAAAGGAAGCCCCAGUGGAACAGGAAAAGCCGUCUAUCGAAGCUAGUGGUGAUGGUAAUGAGGCGACUGUCGCUAAGGGAGAUAUGCUCUAUGAUCGGAAUAUCGUCCAGUUUCAUGAGGCCUGUAAAAAAAGACGGGAAUUGAAGAGGCGUGCUGUUUUAAGCGACGGAGAAGAAAGAAAUUCUGCUAAACAGAGGAAGUUAGAUCAGUCAAAGGUUUCGCCAUCAGUUGCACCACAAGCAAUCAAGCAGGAGUCACAUUUCGUUAAGCAAAUAACCACGAGCCGUAAGAAACCACUAAAAACUCCCACCAUUCCUGAAAUAAAGCCAACUACAUGGCAAAAAACUGCCCCAACCACCUUUCAGUGUCCUCAUUGCCCUCGAACUUUGCGCCGCCAGAGUUUGCUAACCGCCCACCUUCAAAAUUACCACAGUGAGCAAAGCGGUUCACAGCAAUCACCUGUAGAAUCUUCUAUUCCAAAAAAGAAAACAGAAACCGAAACCGAGAAUCAACUCAAAUCGGAAGCGGUCAAAUCAGAGAGAUACAUAUUCUGUCCUCCCUGCAAAUUCAGCGGCCCUUCCACAGAAGCCCCAGAGACUCUCAUCCAGUGCUUUGUAUGCCGUGUAUGGUCCCACAGGAGGUGCAUACCUCAGCCCGGCAAGUCGUGGAUCUGUAGUGCAUGUUCCCGGACACCAUCAUCUCGAUCACCUUUCUCUGACUGGCCCGAAGUCCUACAAUACUGUUCAUCCGUAAAGCAUCAUUCGGAUUCUGACUCAAGUAGCCUUCCUAGCAUUGCCGAGCUAGUUCAAGAGACAUCGAGUCUGAUUAGUUGGCUUUAUCAUCUCAGUACCCUGAUUACCACCGGUCAUCACACACUUUGCCGUAUUAAACGAGCAGGAAGCAGUGGCUGUGAUGUUGGAACCCAAUCUACCACUGCAGCUACGGCCGCCCCAAAGGAUUCUUGCGGUGAUGGUAACGGCGAUUUAGCGAUGGAUUUUCCCUUUAUUGGCGCACCACACGCCGUCAGUGGGGAUGAGCAGUUUAAUGCCCUCUUCCUUCAAAUCGCCGGUUUCGAUGGUCUCAGUGGUGAGUCCGAGGGCGUAGGCUCCUCCCAAAGAAAAUCAACCGCAUCCAUCUCCUUGCAGCCACCAGCCACAACUCCUUGCACUUCAACACUGGAACCCACAGACAUCUCUCGAAUUCUAGCCAAUCUUGCUAACAGUUCACCAGAGGACUUGCCCGACUUGAUCACAACCAUACCAGACGAUUUGCUCAACGUAGCAUCCACUCACAAUCAGCCCCCUGGCCAUCAGCAAUUAAGCUCGCCGAGCCAAGUCCCUCCAUCACUAACCCCAAGUACACUUUUUGAUACUCCCACGAAGUCGCUGUUGGCAAAUAUUGAUCAGGAAAUGGAUCAAGGUGUGGGCAGGCUGUACCCAUCAAAUGCUACCAUCAGUGCUCCAGAUUUCGAGAGGCAACUAUCGGGGGACCCCUCACCAAUGAUUACACCAAUGAAGAACAUGCGUAGUGGCAACGCUGCCACGAGUGCCAACGACAUCGAGGCUGCAGCUAGUUUGAUUGGCUUCGCGGAGGGCGCCUCGCGCACGGAAUUCGGAGUGCCUGUGACUGCGCCCCCCACUGUCACUCCAACACCGCUUCAUGGGGCCAAAUCCCACGAAGUGUCGAGUGAACUCGAAUCUCUUCACUCAGAAAUCCUCAUCCCCCUGGAAGAGAUGAUUGCCCUCAUCGAGACACGUCUUGAUGCCAUUGAAUCUCAAGUUGCAAGAAUUUGUAAAAAUCAUUAUUUUCUGAAGUCGGUAGAGGGUUCGGCAUCCCCUCUUACCUCCCCUUCUGGCCGGAAUCCGGCAAUUUUUCACCUGGAAUCUGAUGAGCAUGAGGACAAUGAUUCUGCGUCUGUUGUUUCACGAACACCUAUUUCCUCUCCAUCAUCUUCGUCCAAAGUUUCACCCGAGAAAGACGAUGCCCAGCUUGUUGUGGCCACGUAUCCGCAACCCAAAUUCGCCCCCAAACGUCGAAUUCAUCAGCGUCGAUUUUUCUAA